GGAACCGGAAGUAGUGGGGACGCGCCGGUCUCCAACAUGGCGGCCGCCUGGGGCUGCCGGCUGGUUCCUCCGGGGGCCGUGGCCGCCCAGUUCCUCGGUGUCCUGUGGCUCGUUUCAAUUACCCCCAGGCCUUGGGGGGCUGCCGCCAUAGCCGCCACCGGGGGCGAGGAGUUGCUUAAGUGCGAGGACCUCAAAGUGGGACAAUAUAUCUGUAAAGAUCCAAAAAUAAAUGACGCUACGCAGGAACCAGUUAACUGUACAAACUACACAGCUCAUGUUCAGUGUUUUCCAGCACCCAACAUAACUUGUAAGGAUUUCAGUGGCAAUGAGACACACUUUACUGGAAACGAAGUUGGUUUUUUCAAGCCCGUAUCUUGUCGAAAUGUGAAUGGCUACUCCUACAAAGUGGCAGUGGCACUGUCUCUUUUUCUUGGAUGGUUGGGAGCAGAUCGAUUUUACCUUGGAUACCCUGCCUUAGGUUUGUUAAAGUUUUGCACUGUAGGCUUUUGUGGAAUUGGGAGCCUAAUUGAUUUCAUUCUCAUUUCAAUGCAGAUUGUUGGACCUUCGGAUGGAAGUAGUUACAUUAUAGAUUAUUAUGGAACCAGACUGACAAGACUGAGCAUUACCAAUGAAACAUUUAGGAAAACACAGUUCUAUCCAUGAAUGAUUGCAAAAAGAAACAUUUCAGGACUUCGGCUUCCUGGUUUGAUGGAGAACGCCCCGCGUGUGGAUCUCCAGUUUCCCUCUGUCCUCCUUCACACACCACCUCACUGGGUUCUAGAUAAUUUUGUUGUGGUUAUUUUUGUUUUGUUAAUUUGGUCAAAAGUACAUAAUUCUGAGAUUUAUUUAAUAGGACUUUCUUCGAGAUCUGUAAAAUAGUCUUUCUCAGGCUGCUGUCUCUGUGAGAUAGACGGCUUGUUACUCUGGUAGUCUUUAAUACCUUUUACAAAGGCAAGUUGCCACUUGUCAUUUUUGCUUCUGAAAAAUAAAAGUAUUAACUUACUCAGA